AUGCUGUCCACGAGAACGGCGCCCAAGAAGGCCGUCGGCCUCUCACGGACCGCCGUGAGGGGUCUGGCUACUGUCCAGGACGGCGCCCCGAAGCGAACAUACGGUGGUCUACGAGACCAGGAUCGCAUUUUCCAGAACCUCUAUAACCGAUACCCCGUAGACCUCAAGAGUGCUAGGAAGAUGGGCGAUUGGCACAAGACCAAGGAGAUUAUUCUCAAGGGACACGAUUGGAUCAUCAGCGAGGUUAAGGCUUCCGGUCUUCGAGGACGAGGUGGUGCUGGUUUCCCCUCGGGUCUCAAAUGGUCUUUCAUGAACUUCAAGGAUUGGGACAAGGACACCAAGCCCCGUUACCUUGUCGUCAAUGCCGAUGAGGGUGAGCCCGGUACCUGCAAGGACCGUGAGAUUAUGCGAAAGGACCCACACAAGCUCAUCGAGGGAUGCCUUAUUUCUGGCCGAGCCAUGAACGCAACCGCCGCCUAUAUUUAUAUCCGUGGUGAAUUCGUCGAGGAGGCUGCUGUUCUCCAGCGAGCCAUCAACGAGGCCUACGCCGCCGGCCUGAUCGGAAAGAACGCCUGUGACUCUGGCUACGACUUCGAUGUUUACCUGCACCGAGGUGCUGGUGCCUACGUCUGUGGUGAGGAGACUUCUCUUAUUGAGUCUCUGGAGGGCAAGCCUGGAAAGCCUCGUCUUAAGCCCCCGUUCCCUGCUGCCGUCGGUCUUUUCGGAUGCCCUUCAACUGUUACCAACGUCGAGACUGUUGCCGUUGCCCCUACUAUCUGCCGACGAGGGGGAAGCUGGUUUGCUGGCUUCGGCCGUGAGCGUAACCAGGGCACCAAGCUGUUCUGUAUCUCUGGCCACGUCAACAACCCCUGCACUGUUGAGGAGGAGAUGUCCAUUCCUCUGCGUGAGCUGAUUGACAAGCACUGUGGUGGUGUUCGAGGUGGAUGGGAUAACCUUUUGGCCGUCAUCCCCGGUGGUUCUUCUACUCCUGUUCUCCCCAAGCACGUCUGCGACGACCAACUGAUGGACUUUGAUGCCCUCAAGGACAGCCAGUCUGGUCUUGGUACUGCUGCUGUUAUCGUUAUGGAUAAGAGCACCGAUAUUGUCCGAGCUAUCAGCCGCCUCAGCCACUUCUACCGCCACGAGAGUUGCGGCCAGUGCACACCUUGCCGAGAGGGUAGCAAGUGGACAGAGCAAAUGAUGAAGCGAUUUGAGAAGGGUCAGGCCCGUGAGCGUGAGAUUGACAUGCUCCAGGAGCUCACCAAGCAGGUUGAGGGUCACACUAUUUGCGCUCUGGGAGAGGCCUUCGCCUGGCCUAUUCAGGGUCUUAUCCGACACUUCCGACCUGAGCUUGAGGCUCGCAUCCAGAAGUUCUCUCAGGAGCAUGGUGGUGAGGCCCUUGCUGGUGGAUGGAACCAUAAUGCCAAAGCCCAAGGCAAACUAGCAGUUAUGGUGGGAACAUAUGAGCAUUUUGUUGCCUUUGGCACUGAUCUUGUCGGCAUCGAGCGAAUUCUCCGUGGUUUUCAAGCGAUAUGCUCUCUUUUAGUCUGGUACCCGGCUCUAUUUGCCCUUGUCCAGUCUAAGGUGUCAUCAACAUUAUCUCUCCGCACUCUAGGCGGCCAGAUCAACGUCUCCCGACGUUUCAUUCGUUUCUUCCGCUUUUUGGACACUUUCCGCGCAGGAUGGCUCGUCUACGUCGCUCAAGGUGACAAGAGCAUUGAUAUGUGGCUUGAUAUCAUUAGCAAGACCUGCUUCGGCAUGUUCGGCAUGAUGGAGACUUUGACUCUCCUUGAUCUCUGUGGUAUCGAGAACCUCCGUGUCUUUAGUCCUGAGAAGUUCCAGGAGAUUGAUUACCAGUCGCAGCUUUUCUGGUUUGCUGGAUUAUACACUUCUGUUCUUGUCACGGUUAUCAGACUGUAUCGACUAGUCGCUGGUACUCCUGCCUCUGUCAAGCGUGAGACUGUUAGCAUCAGCUCUACUGAGAAGCCAGCCGAGCUUAUCACUACCGAGAAGGAGACUGCCGUUCUCUCUGAAAAGAUGACCAAGGAGGAUCUCGACAAGGAGCGUGAGCGCCUCAAGAGCAUUGUCAAUAAACGCAAGAUCGAGAGACGUGCUUGGAUGAAGAAGUUUAAGAGUGAAGGCUACGUUCUCCUCCGCGCUCUCGUCUCUGAUCUCCUCGAUAUGCUUCUUCCCACCACUACGGUUGGAUGGGUCAAGCUUGAGCCCGGCUUGGUCAGUUUGGCCAUGUUCUUCACCACCUUUACUACAGGUCAGGCUGUAUGGGACAGGGUUGGACAGAAUCUUCGACGACAGAAGCAGUAA